AAGUCCGGCUGUUAGGCUUUCGGUUCCGCUCCAAAUAGCACGCAACGCAGUAUGUCAAGCAGCGGAAAAUGCCUUCUCCUCACCGGUCCUCCUGGUGUCGGCAAAACCACUCUGAUAAAAAGGAUCCUCGAGACGCUUAGGCUCUCAAACCCUAACUUGAAGAUCCAGGGUUUCUACACCCAGGAGGUGAGAGAAAGAGGCCAAAGGGUUGGGUUCGAAGUGGUGACCUUGGAUGGCCGCAGAGGUUUGCUCGCUUCCUCUACCGUUUCCAGUCCAGAGUCGAUGAGAUGGCCUAGUGUUGGCAGGUACAAAGUGGACGUGGCUUCCUUCGAGUCCAUUGCGUUGCCUGAGCUACAGGUCAAAGCUGACACUCAUCUUUUCAUCAUUGAUGAAGUGGGUAAGAUGGAGAUGUUUAGUCCAUCUUUCUUCCCGGCUGUCCUGAAGGUUCUGGAAUCCAACAUCCCUUUUCUGGCUUCCAUUCCUGUCCCAAAACUUGGUCGAGCUAUCCCUGGAGUUGAAAGACUGAGGAAUCAACCUGGUGCAAGUUUAAUAUCCCUGAGCACAAGUAACAGAGACUCCAUGAGAGAACAGGUCUACGGUGUUUUGUCCGAAUGGCUGCCAAAGCAUUAGGGGCUCCAAAAGAACAAGUUCAGAUAAUGUAUGCAGGCUUUUAUUUUGUUUGUCUGAGGAAAUGUGGAAUGUACUACGUGGACUUGGUUGUGUUGGUGUCAUGAGAGGGCGAGGAGGAGCGUCAUGCCGGCUUUCUAUGGGGAGAAGAAGAUGGUUGUGUCCGGCGUUGUCUAUGCCUUUCUCAUCCUCCUCUCCCUUCUCGAAAAUGGUCCGUUUCCUUCGUAUAUUCCGGAAUAAAGCCUCUUCCGGUUAACUAGUCAA